AAUUACGCAAUCGCUCCCUUCGAAGUCGCCUGCAUUGACCAUCUCCAUCUCCGUCUCCAUCUCCCCCAAACCCUUGUAAUUGAUCCAUUGUUACCCCUCUCUCUCGGAUCGAUUAGGGCUUGUCCUCUCCUCGUCAAAACCCUAGGAUUGGAUGUGUAACCCCCUGCGAUUCGCGAUGCAUUGAUGGUGAUCUCGUCGCCGGCGCCAUGGGCAACUGUUACUCGAACUCCAGCAAGGUCCGCGGCUCCAGCAGCGGCCGCGGCGGACGAGGCGGAGGCGGCGGCGCCGCCAACGCCGGCGGAGCUAACCACGAGCGGCGGCCGCCGGAGGAGAGGGAGAGGGAGAAGGAGAAGGGGAAGGAGCGGAAGGGGGUGGUGCCGUGUGGGAAGAGGACGGAUUUCGGGUACGACAAGGACUUCGAGAGCAGGUACGCGAUCGGGAAGCUUCUAGGGCACGGACAGUUCGGGUACACCUUCGUCGCCACGGAUAAGGCCAAUGGGGAUAAGGUCGCCGUGAAACGGAUCGAUAAGAAUAAGAUGGUUCUUCCUGUUGCUGUCGAGGAUGUCAGGCGCGAAGUGAAAAUAUUGAAAGCCCUAAAGGGGCAUGAAAACGUCGUCCACUUUUUCAAUGCAUUUGAGGACGAUUCCUAUGUGUAUAUAGUUAUGGAAUUGUGCGAGGGUGGCGAACUACUUGAUCGUAUUUUAGCCAAAAAAAACAGCCGCUACAGUGAGAAAGAUGCUGCAGUAGUAGUUCGUCAGAUGCUUAAAGUUGCAGCUGAGUGCCAUUUGCAUGGUUUGGUUCAUCGUGACAUGAAACCUGAGAACUUCCUAUUAAAAUCGACAAAGGAGGACUCACCUCUCAAGGCUACAGAUUUUGGCCUUUCUGAUUUUAUAAAGCCUGGUAAGAGAUUCCACGACAUUGUUGGCAGUGCCUAUUACGUGGCACCAGAAGUACUUAAGCGGAGAUCUGGCCCUGAAUCAGAUGUUUGGAGCAUAGGUGUAAUUACCUACAUUUUGCUUUGUGGGAGGCGUCCAUUUUGGGAUAAAACUGAAGAUGGAAUAUUCAAGGAGGUGUUAAAGAAUAAGCCAGACUUUCGUCGUAAUCCAUGGCCAAGCAUAAGUGACAGUGCCAAAGAUUUUGUACAAAGACUACUAGUGAAGGACCCUCGCGCAAGACUCACCGCUGCUCAGGCUUUAUCACAUCCAUGGGUGAGAGAAGGGGGAAAUGCAUCAGACAUACCGUUAGAUAUAUCAGUGUUAUCCAACAUGCGACAAUUUGUCAAGUAUAGCCGUUUUAAGCAGUUUGCAUUAAGGGCAUUAGCAAGUACACUCAACGAGGAGGAGUUGGCUGAUCUGCGUGACCAGUUUAAUGCGAUUGAUGUUGAUAAAAAUGGUACGAUAAGUCUCGAAGAAAUGAAACAUGCUCUUGCCAAAGAUCUUCCAUGGAGAAUGAGGGAGCCUCGGGUUCUAGAGAUUCUUGAAGCGAUUGACAGCAACACGGAUGGGCUGGUAGAUUUCGACGAAUUCGUAGCUGCGACUCUACAUGUGCAUCAAUUGGUGGAACUCGACUCUGAGAAGUGGCAAUCCCUCUCCCAGGCUGCUUUCGACCAGUUCGAUGUGGACCGGGACGGAUAUAUCACGCCUGACGAACUACGCAUGCACUCAGGAUUAAAGGGCUCGAUCGAUCCUUUGUUAGAGGAGGCCGACAUCGACAAGGAUGGAAAGAUAAGUCUGGACGAAUUCCGGAGGCUCCUGAAAACUGCGAGCAUGAGCUCACGCAAUAUACCGAAUCAUUCCGCCGUCCGAAACACUUCGAAGUCGUGACUCUCAAAGAGAAGUUACUACAGAAGCACACUUGAAAUUAUGAAGCGAGAGAAGCUACGCUCUAGGAAGUCGAGAUUGAGCACUCAUCUUAGUAAAAACGCAGCUCGCUGCUGCACUCUUUUGCUUGUUGUAAAUUUUUUGCAUCGGUAUUAAGUCAAAACGGGAUUCCGUCAGGUUUUACCUCAAUCUGAUGUUGCUGAUUGGUUUUUUUUACCUCAAUCUGAUGUUGCUGAUUGGUUUUUUUAGUGGCUUGAUCUCGCGAUGGUUGUAUAAUAACUUUUCCAUUAUAAACAGUGAUACUUUGCUAUCA